AUGAAAGGGAGGAAUCUCCUCUCCAUCACCCAGUUCCUCCUCCUGGCAUUUGCAGACACACCGGAGCUGCAGCUCUUGCACUUCUGGACCUUCCUGGGCAUCUACCUGGCUGCCCUCCUGGCCAACGGCCUCAUCAUCACCACCAUCGCCUAUGACCACCGUCUCCACACCCCCAUGUACUUCUUCCUCCUCAACCUCUCCCUCCUUGACAUGGGCUCCAUCUCCACCACUGUCCCCAAAGCCAUGUCCAAUUCCCUCUGGGACACCAGGGACAUCUCCUAUGCAGGAUGUGCUGCACAGCUCUUGUUCUUCGUCUUCUUUCUUGCAGCAGAGUUCUGUCUUCUCACCAUUAUGGCCUAUGACCGCUAUGUGGCCAUCUGCAAACCCCUG